GUUUUUCUCGGCCCUGGCUGCUGGUAGUGGCUGCUUGGUGUUGUUGUUAUUAUAUGCAAGGAGCAAAAGAAAGCAUUAACGAAAUCAACAAACCCCCGAACCUGUCGCAUGAGGUCACUGGGUGAGCCUCUUCCUGCCAUGAGAGCUGACCACCAGGCCACCACCCCCCCUUCCUUCUGCAGUUGAUGGAUCUGCAGCUGGUCCAGAGAUGACAGACAGCGUCAGGGCCUUCCUCCGCAAUGUUGCGACGGGGAUCAAGGACUCCAUAUUGGGGAUUGGGACAAUCUCCAAGCUGGAUGCCCGCAUCCAGCAGAAAAGAGAAGAGCAGCGGAGGAGACGGGCCGGCGGCGCCCUGGCACAGCGGCGGGCACAGAGUGAAGAGCGCAAACCAGACAAUGAACCCAAAGUAGCCAGCAGGAUCUUUCAGUGCUGUGCCUGGAAUGGAGGAGUGUUCUGGCUCAGUCUGUUUCUCUUCUACCGGGUUUUCAUCCCGCUGCUCCAGACUCUGACAGCAAAAAUCAUCGGUGACCCCUCCCUCCACGGCAGCGUCUGGUCCUGGUUGGAGUUCAUCCUGACUUCGGUCUUCAGCGCUCUGUGGGUUCUGCCUCUGUUUGUCCUCAGCAAGAUCGUCAACGCCAUCUGGUUCCAGGACAUCGCUGACUUGGCCUUCGAAGUGUCUGGAUGUAAAGCUCAGCCGUUCCCUAGCGUCAGUAAAAUCAUCGCAGACAUGCUCUUCAACCUCCUCCUCCAGGCGCUCUUCCUCAUUCAGGGUAUGAUUGUCAGCCUGUUCCCGAUCGACGCCAUUGGACAGAUGGUCAGUCUGCUGCACAUGUCUCUGCUCUACUCCCUCUACUGCUUCGAGUAUCGCUGGUUCAACCACGGCAUCGAGAUGCACCAACGUCUGUCCAACAUCGAGAGGAACUGGCCCUAUUACUUCGGCUUCGGUUUGCCCAUGGCUCUGCUGACCGCCCUGCCGUCCUCCUACAUCAUCAGCGGCUGCUUGUUCUCCAUCCUCUUCCCUCUGUUCAUCAUUAGCGCCAACGAGGCCAAGACGCCAACCAAGCUGUAUCACUUCCAGCUGCGUCUCUUCUCUCUGGUCGUGUUGAUCAGCAACAAACUUUUCCAUAAGACGGUCCACCUGCAGUCGACCCUGACAUCGUCUGCGUCGUCCGAGAGGCUGGCGUCCCCCCACACCUCGCCGAGCCGCCAGCGCCUCCCGCCCAUCCAGUGACGCCCCGCCCCCUCGCAGAAGACGACAACUGACGAACGGCUUCACUCGAUGUGAACACGUGUUUCAGAAGGAUUUCUUUAAUGAAGACGAACAGCAGUUUAGGAGGAACGUUUACAUGUUUUCAGCCUGUCCACAGCCCCCGAAGCCCCACCCCCCCACCCCACUGACCCCGCCCACCAGACGCAACCAUCGACUGCCCUGUGCCUCACACUCAAACACAUUAUAUACACAGUUCGUGACUUGUUUUCUUUUAUUUGAUUGUUUUUUUUUGUAUAAUGUGCCAUUUGAGUGACUCUCCUUUAAUAAAUUACAGCACAAGAAAUCACACAGAGGUUUGAUAUGUUGAAACAAACUUUAUAAAAAAAAGAAAAAUGGAGGAUUUUACUCUGAAGAGGCCUGAGUGCGUUCAGAAACGACGCCAUUUCUUUUGUUUGUUGGUUUGACUUGGAGUACAUGUUUCCUCUGUGUUGCAAGUAACAUUCAUUCCUCAUCGUCUGAAUGCUUUCUUGCAGAUAAAUAUAUUUCUCUGUCGAUUCGUGGCGUCCUCGCAGCACUAGAACUGACAAAGAAAUGCUUUUUUAUUGUGGAAGAGUUUGAUUUUUAAUAGAAUUUUUAAAUCUUUUCAGGAGCUGCUCUUUAAAAAGGAUUGGUGACCUAGUACUGAAAACCAAAUAACAGAAAUCUUGUCAUGUGUAGACAAAAAAAGAUAAUAAUGUGUGUCUACUUUAAUGGAAACCUCGCUCUGCUGUCUGGUUUGAUGCAGAUGUUGUGAAAAAAAAAGUUGAAACCAGUAAAGGAGAAGAGUUUUCAGUGGGUGUGGAUGAACAGGAGACGAGACGACACUGCCAAACU